GGUGAAAAGUUAAAAUGCCAAACAGCAAAAUGAGCACGACAUCAUGGUUCCUGGUGAGUGGGACAGGUAUUCGCCAUCGGCUUCCUCGGGAGAUGAUAUUUGUUGGCAGGGAAGACUGUGAACUCAUGCUCCAGUCUCGCAGUGUGGAUAAGCAGCAUGCCGUCAUCAAUUAUGACAAGGAAAAAGACGAGCACUGGGUGAAGGAUCUUGGAAGCUUAAAUGGGACCUUUGUGAACGACAUACGAAUCCCUGACCAGAAGUACAUCACGCUAAAAUUGAAUGAUGUGAUUCGUUUUGGUUAUGAUAUCCUUUAG